AUGGAGGACGUUAUUCCUGAUUUAGUGGAUGACAAGAAGCUGAAUGCUUCGACUGGUAAUAAAGUACCUGUGACAAUCCUCUCUGGAUUUCUUGGUGCAGGUAAAACUACUCUUCUCAAUUAUAUUCUGGCGUCUGGUCACAACAAAAGGAUAGCUGUUCUUUUGAAUGAUUUUGGUGAGGGUUCAGCUGUGGAGUCUAGUAUUGCGUGGAACGAAAAAGAUGGUAAUCUCUUCGAAGAAUGGAUAGAGCUGCGCAAUGGCUGUUUAUGUUGUUCACUAAAGGAUGCAAGUGUUCGGGCUAUCGAAAACUUAAUGGCGAAGAAGGGAAAGUUUGACUAUAUCCUUAUUGAAACAUCUGGACUUGCUGAUCCAGGUCCUGUCGCCUCACUCUUCUGGUUGGAUGAAAGUUUAUGCAGUCAAAUUUGUUUGGAUGGGAUCGUUACGCUUUUGGAUGCAAAAUGCUGCCUGUCACAUCUUAAGGGAUCGAUGGGGUGUGGAGUGAGCGAAUACGAAAAACAGAUACUUUUGGCUGAUGUACUUAUCAUCAACAAGAUUGACUUGGUUUCUGAAUCUGAAAAGCUAGCAGUUGUUCAGCGUAUAAGGGAAAUGAAUUCUUCAGCUAAGCUUAUUGAAGCUACCUUUUCCAAAGUGGAUUUGGAAGAAAUUCUUGAUCUUAAGAUGUAUUCUAAUAGUCCCAAACCUGAUGCUUUUACUUCAUCUUCAGAAUUGACAACAAUCCAUUUAAGUCAACGGAUAUCUACAGUAACUUUGGAAUUCUCCGAGCUAUUCAAUCGUAAACUGUUCGAAAAUUGUAUAGAAUCUAUUCUUUGGGAGCAGAAUGUUCAUGAUAAAGAUGAUAAUUCUAUGAAUGUUCUACGUCUGAAGUGCAAUCAUUUUAUGGCGUCAGAGGUUUUCUCAAUAUGUAUGCUGCUACGACCUCUUCGAAAUACUAAGUUUUUGCAUUCGGAAGUCAAACAGACGGUACUUUAUCUCCGAUUCUAUGCAACUGAAACACUUUGA